AUGGCCGCCUCAACUACUACGCUCACCGAACUGUCAGAGCAUCUGCAAAAGAUCGACCAAGAUCCGGCCGCUCCACUCGACACAGAUCUACUUGAGCGAUGCGAGCUUUCCAUCAACACGCCAGAGUAUCGAAACCAAAUAUGGAAGGAGUCAAGGCCUCUCUUCCUACAGAUAGCAGCCUUACUGCCAAAGCUUCAACAAGACCCUGCGCCACUCACUCAUUUCAUCGUCAAGUUGGCUGAGCCAUACCGAUUCGACGAUAUCAAGGACAUCGACUUCGAGAUUGGCUUGGACCUGCAGGCCACCCCGUUCCACAAUCUGAUCCUCACAUUACUCGAAAAGGCCACCACAAGUAGCACCGAUGCCCAAACACUUGCGAAUCGGCCGGCAGUCAUGUUGGCCAUUGUUCGUCUGUGGCUGUGCACCCAUGAUGCGGGAGUUGCAAACCAGGCCGAAGAUCUUCUUACCUCACUGCUGAAAGUGUCGAAAAACGAACCCGUGUCAAUAGAUGGCAAGUCUUCGUUGCAUACAUACGGCACUGGUCCUAUGUGGAGGCGCCUGUUGAGUGAUCGAGACAUCAGUUCGCUGUACUACCAUUACACAUCUCUCAAACAGCUCACGUCGCCACCUCCUCCACUUUUGAACAAGCGUGAUAAGACCAUCUCACAAGCUAGGCUGUUGUCGUGGCUACCACGCGUUGCCGCUAUGGACUGGAAUGCCAUAGCAUCCACGUACGGCCUCGAUGUUGAGAAAGAGGCCGGAUUGAAGGAAGGUCAGGGUCUGCUUCAUUACGCCGCCCUGAAAAUGGUGGACACUGAGGACGACAUGCUCAUGCACAUGACCCUACUCCAAUUUUACAGCACACUCAUCAUUACGGUCAAGACAAAGCCCCAUCUCUCACACUACGACUCAAGUCUCGCUCUCGACUUUCUGAAAGAAGAAGGCGUGCACAAAGGCAUCAUCGACUUCCAUACCUCCGAGAACCCCAGCCUCGACCAUUCUUUCUUAAGCAGCCGAACAGCACAAUACAUUAGCGAUUAUGCAUCGCACUACCCCGAGAACUUUGAGAAAAGCGAGGAAAUGCCCGUCAUCCGAAACUACGUCCACCGCAACAUCCGCAAGUGCGAAGCCAGCAACCUCAACAUCAUUGCCUCAAUGCCCCGCUCAACACUCAUCCCGCGUCGCGCUUCAGGUCUAGCCUGGGACGACUGUGUCAUCACCGACAUGCCCAUCACACGCACAAACCAAGACGCGUUGAAAACCCUCGCUGCCAUCUUCCACGGCCCGCCGAAAGAAGAACUCACUUUCCCGCAAACUGAAGCUAUAGGCCAGGAUGCGAAGCGCAGGGAGACGGAAGCAGCGUAUGCGAGGAUACUCACUGCGCUCUUCUACAGCAAGAAACCAAACAUGUUUGCUGAUAUAACAAAUCACAUGGAGACUAUCGCUAUGCAGGAGAACGCGCUGGCGGCUCUGACGCUUGUCGGCGCUCUCAUCACGUCAUCUUGGUCUACCGCUGCUCUCCCUGAUAUUCCGCCAACAGACCCAACAUAUGCCCGUCUAAACGCCUUUCCCAAAUCCGGUGUCGACGUCAUCUUGGACCCUACAAUAAGCGGGGGUGUCCUUCCUUCAUUACUGAAGCCAGCAACGACUUUUUCGAACCUUGUUGGUGGCAGGGGUGAUGCGGAGAAUGCGGCGUAUAUCGUUGCGACGGCUAAGUUCGAGGUGCUGAAGACGCUGGGCAGGAAAUUGGAGGAGGUAGGGGGUAGACAGGAUGUUUUGGCUAUGGUGAGGAGGAGGGUAGGCGAUGGGGUUUGGGGGGAUAGUGGGAAUGUGGGGAGUAGGAUUGGGACAUUGGAGAUGUAA